AUGGCUACUGAAGAUCACAACAAUAAUUCUACAUCGAUUAUGUUAGAUGAGGGCUCUGCCAUUCUUGAUUCUGGUGGUGUUUUCCAUGAUACUCAUGGCUUAACACAUUCAUCAUCAGCAACUACUCCAGAAACAUCUUCGAACAGUACUUCCACCAAUGAGUCAGCAAGAAGAAAACGAGCCUCUUCAUCAGCAUCAUCCACAUCAACACGUCGAACUUCUAAAACAAAAAAGAAAAAGAACCAAGAACAACAAGACGAUGAAUCGUCACCAGAAGAAGAUACUCUCUCUAAUGAGAAUCAAGAAUCUUCUCUUUCUCAUAAUCGAGCUUUACUUCCCAACCAGAGAACUGCUUGUCCUAUGGAGGAAGUUCCUAAUAAUCAACAGGGAAGAUAUUGGAUAUUUGAAAUGCCUCCAAAUGCGGAACCUCUAAAUGAUGUUGUUGUAAGGGUGACCAUGAAAAUUAGAGGAGAAGAAGCCAGAAAUUAUGUUCCAGAAAAAUUGUACAGUUCACACAAAUAUGUGAUCAUGCAUGAAAUUUCAGGAAAGAGUCUCGUGGAAAAAUAUCCACUUAUUGUUUCGAAAAUUCAUGUCAUUAAUCCAGCUACCAGAGAAGAGUUAAAGAAUUCCAAAAAUUCAAGCAAGCUCUGCUUGAUGGGAACCAUGGAAACAGCUCUCACUAAAUUAGCUGGAUCCAAUGGAAAGAAAACAAAAGAAACAUCAUCUUCCUCCGAAGAUGUUGUUAAAGGCCAAAUGAAAGUACAAUUCACAGACGUCAGUUACCAUCACGAAAAAGGUCACUUUGGAUUUAUUAUUCACUACUUUAAUCCUGCAAAUUUAGAGACCCCUCUUUUUUCUUUAAUUGCUCCUCCAUUUAAUGUUUUUGCAAGAAAACCAACCAAUGAGAAUCAAACAGAAACUUUACAACCAACAAAACCAAAGCCAUCAAAAAGAAAACGUAAAUCCGAUAUGGAAAAUGAAGCUGACAAUGUGAGCUCCUCAGCAUUGGAGGCAUCAACAACAGCCACAAGCAGUGCUGAAGCUUCUCAUGCAGCAGGGGAUGCCACAUCUACCACUGCAGUAGUGUCUCCUUCCAAGAAAAAGACAAGACGUCCCAAGAAGCCACAAAAGUCAACAUCCUCUGAAGAAGCACAACAAGCAUCAUCCUACACAGUCCCUGUGGCCUCCACUCAACCCUCCCAAAACUUGCUCGAAUUUAACAAGAAAUUAGAAGCAAUUGUGAAUAUUAAGAAACAAUUAGGUCAAGAUGCAAGUAAGAGAGCAUCCGAAUUGGCCUUACAAAAUCUAAUCACACUAGAUACAUUUGCUUCACAUGAUUUUGUGCUCAGCAACACUCAAACCAAUGGUGGACAACAGAUUUUGAGCUCUACUGAUGCAACAUCAAUAAACCCAGCCACCACGAAUAGCAGUGGGUUAUAA